CCGAUCAUGAAGGAGGGAUACGAGAGACGCCUGAGUCUGGGGACCAAGCAACAAAACUUGGGCACCCCUUGGGUCCCUCACAUACCCCGAUGUCAUCUGUAGGGGAGGAGGGGUUGCCCUUGGGGCUCUUGUGAGGGAUUCGUGUGCUUCCUGCACCCUGUGCCUUGGCUCCUGUGCAGCCUGGCUGUCGUCCACCAGGCGUUCUGGGGAGACUGGAUCUUGUUAGCCUGUGGCCUCAGGCCCUGGGCCAGGCUGGAAGAUGGCACAGAGGCAGUAAGUGGAGCCUGGGGGGCUGAGCUGAGGCCCAUAUGCUUCCCAGCCUUGGAUGACUUAGUUAAGGUAAGGCCUCUCUCCAAUUAGGAUCCAAAGAUGGGAUCCCCCUGAGCUUAGACAAUGCUGUGGGUAGAUAAUAUGGGAGAAGAAGGGUGGGCAGAGAGGGACAGAGCAGCUAUCGGGGAGAAGGGACCUGAGGCAUUUCUGGAUCUCACAGACACAAGGAAACUCAAAGUUACUUCCCUGCUGCUUCCUGUCUCAUUCCAUAAAACUUACCCCACUUGACUAGGGUUCCAUGAGCAAGUAAGCACUUGGCCUGUUACCCAGGGCUGGGAGGGGGAGGAAAGUACCAUUUCCUCAAAGAGGAGCUCCAGGAGGCUCCAGGGAGGUGUGCACCAGCACCCUGCCUGCUGGCCAUGCUGAGAUGGACAGCUCAAAUCUCUCUCUCCUCUAAGGAGGCCCAGGGAAGUCCAGGGUCCCCAUCAUCUGAAGCCACUUUCCAAAAAGGGCCAUGUCAUCUAUUCCAGGACUGAAGAGGGAAUGGCUGUGGCCACAGCUCCAAAGCAAGCCUGGCCCCCGUGGCCCCCCCUCUUUUUCCUGCUCCUCCUGCCUGGGGGGAGCAGCGGCGGCUGCCCUGCUGUGUGUGAUUGCACCUCCCAACCCCGGGCAGUGCUGUGCGGCCACCGGCGACUAGAGGCUGUACCAGGGGGACUCCCACUAGACACCGAGCUCCUGGACCUGAGUGGGAACCGUCUGUGGGGGCUUCAGCGGGGAAUGCUGUCCCGCCUGGGCCUGCUCCAGGAACUGGAUCUCAGCUACAACCAGCUGUCCACCCUCGAGCCGGGGGCCUUCCAUGGCCUGCAGAGCCUGCUCACCCUGAGGCUGCAGGGCAAUCGGCUGCGAAUUAUGGGGCCCGGGGUCUUCUCGGGCCUGCCUGCCCUCACGCUCCUGGACCUUCGCCUCAACCAGAUUGUCCUCUUCCUUGAUGGAGCUUUCAGGGAGCUAGGCAGCCUCCAGCAGCUGGAGGUCGGGGACAACCACCUGGUGUUCGUGGCUCCGGGAGCCUUUGCAGGGCUGGCCGCGCUGAGCGCCCUCACCCUGGAGCGCUGUAACCUCAGCACCGUGCCUGGCCUGGCCCUGGCCCGCCUCCCAGCGCUGGCGGCCCUAAGGCUCCGAGAACUGGAUAUUGAGAGGCUGCUGUCAGGGGCGCUCCGGGGGCUGGGGCAGCUACGGGAGCUGGAGAUCCACCACUGGCCAUCCCUGGAGGCUCUGGAGCCCGGGAGCCUGGCUGGGCUCAACCUUAGCAGCCUGGCCGUCACCCGCUGCAACCUGAGCUCGGUGCCCUUCCAAGCGCUGCGCCACCUGAGCUUCCUCAGGGUGCUGGACCUGUCUCACAACCCCAUCUCAGCCAUCCCGGCCCGGAGGCUCAGUCCCCUGGUGCGGCUCCAGGAGCUCCGGCUGUCGGGGGCGUGCCUCACCUCCAUCGCUGCCCACGCCUUCCAUGGCCUGACUGCCUUCCACCUCCUGGACGUGGCAGAUAAUGCCCUUCAAACCCUGGAGGAAGCAGCCUUCCCUUCUCCAGACAAACUGGUCACCCUGAGGCUGUCUGGCAACCCUCUGACCUGUGACUGCCGCCUCCUCUGGCUGCUCAGGCUCCGCCACCGCCUGGACUUUGGCACGUCCCCCCCUGCCUGCGCCGGCCCCCGGCAUGUCCAGGGGAAGAGCCUGAGGGAGUUUUCAGACAUCCUACCUCCGGGGCACUUCACCUGCCAACCAGCCCUGAUCCGAAAGUCCGGGCCACGAUGGGUCAUUGCAGAGGAGGGGGGGCACGCUGUUUUCUCUUGCUCUGGAGAUGGAGACCCAGCCCCCACCGUCUCCUGGAUGAGGCCUCAGGGGGCUUGGCUGGGAAGGGCCGGGAGAAUAAGGGUUCUGGAGGAUGGGACACUGGAGAUCCGCUCCGUGCAGCUACGGGAUAGAGGGGCUUAUGUCUGUGUGGUCAGCAAUGUCGCUGGGAAUGACUCCCUGAGGACCUGGCUGGAAGUUAUCCAAGUUGAACCACCAAAUGGCACUCUCUCUGACCCCAACAUCACCAUGCCAGGGAUCCCACAGCCUUUCUUUCUGGAUAGCAGAGGCGUAGCUAUGGUGCUGGCAGUCGGUUUCCUCCCCUUCCUCACCUCAGUAACCCUCUGCUUUGGCCUCAUUGCCCUCUGGAGCAAGGGCAAAGGCCGGGUCAAACAUCAUGUGACCUUUGACUUUGUGCCACCUCGGACCUCUGGGGAUAAGAAUUCUGGGGGCAACCGGGUCACUGCCAAGCUCUUCUGACCUUUUCUUCCACACUGGGGACCCAUCCAAGCCAGCUUCAGAUACCAAAGGGGAAGAGAACCAAGGCUGCUUGGACCAGAACCUAGUCCUCAACAGCACAGAUCUCCCACACCUCCGCCCGCAUCAUGCCAGCAGCUAAUGCUGCCCCUCGAUAGAGUCUCCCUCCUCGUGCUUUCGCACUCAUCUCUUCCCUGAGGGUCCCAGGGAGCGGAGGGUGUAGGCCCUGUAGACAGUCCAGCCCUCCCCCCACCACACGCAAAGCAGGAAAUAUAACCCUCCAGUCUGCUAGCCUCAGUACCAGGCUUUCUUCACAGACACUUACACACUUACACAUACUCUUAAUAACCAAUACCAAUUGCCAACCACAAAUAAAAGAUUAUUUCAGAAGUGGGGCUGGAAAGUGGCACUCGCUUCUUGGAGUCUCUGCUCCUCAACCAGGCGGUCUCCCUCUCUUUUCUGCUCUGUCCCCUCCCCAGAUGCAAGGAACCUCAGGCUAAGAAGAGGGUGCCAGUGGGGAGGGCGGAGGACAGACUACACACCGGCACUGGAUCUGCAUGAGCCCCCACAACCUGCCUCUGUCUGUCACAUUAUUAAA